AUGGAGCUUGAUCUGCAUUCCCUGUUCCGCCUACUCCAAUCCUGUGAUACCCAGCGUUCGAUUAACCAAGGAAGACAGCUACACCUCCUCUUUCUCAAAAAGGGUCUUCUAAACUCCGCUUUCACGCUUGGAAACCGCCUUCUGCAGAUGUACGUGCGGUGCGGCGGCUUGAGUGAUGCGUGGAAAGUGUUCGAGGAUAUGCCUGGCAGAAACUGUUUCUCUUGGAAUACUAUGAUAGAGGGGUUCAUGAAAUCAGGGAACAAGGACAGGUCACUGCAGUUGUUUGACUCCAUGCCCCACAAGAACGAGUUCUCCUGGAGCGUGCUGGUUUCGGGGUUUGCAAAAGCUGGCGAGAUAGAGGUUGCUCGGAGUUUGUUUAAUGAUAUGCCGAGGAAGAACGGGGUUGCGUGGAAUUCGAUGAUUCAUGGUUAUGCUCGAAAUGGGUGUGCAAGAGAAGCGGUGAAGCUUUUUAAGGAUUUGAGUUCGGACCCUUCUGAAGUAUUGCAUCGUGAUACAUUUGUAUUGGCGACUGUUAUUAGGGCCUGUAGUGAUUUGGCAGCUCUUGAUUGUGGCAAGCAAAUUCAUGCACGCAUUGUCAUUGAUGAAGUGGAAUUCGACUCGGUUUUGAGUAGCUCUCUGGUUAAUAUGUAUGGAAAGUGUGGUGAUCCGGAUAGUGCAAAUCACGUUCUGAAUACGUUGAAGGAACCGGAUGACUUCUCUCUAUCAGCAUUGAUUUCAGGCUAUGCAAAUUGUGGUAGAAUGGAUGAUGCAAGGAAAAUAUUUGAUAGCAAAAGUGAUCCAUGUGUGGUGUUAUGGAAUUCAAUGAUUUCUGGGUGUGUUCAUAAUAAUGAGGAAACUGAAGCAGUGGUUCUCUUUAAUAAGAUGCGGAGAGAAGGAGUUCAAGAAGACUCCUCCACAGUUGCAAGUGUUUUGGGCGCCAGCAGUAGCUUAGGCAUUCUUGGGCAUGGUAGACAAAUGCAUACUUAUGCCUGCAAAGUCGGGGUACUUGAUGAUGUUGUCGUUGCUAGUGCUCUAGUUGAUGCAUAUUCCAAGUGUGGAAACCCUUAUGAUGCAUGCAAAUUAUUUAGCGACCUCAAAGCCCACGACACAAUCUUACUUAAUUCUAUGAUCACAGUAUAUUCAAAUUGUGGAAAAAUUGAAGAUGCAAAAUGGAUUUUCAAAACUAUGCCAAAAAGAAGCUUGAUAUCAUGGAAUUCAAUGAUAGUUGCUCUUAGUCAAAAUGGGUGUCCAGUCGAAGCAUUAGAUCUAUUUUGUGAGAUGAAUGAGAUGGACUUGAGAAUGGACAAGUUUAGCUUGGCCAGUGUGAUCAGUGCAUGUGCUAGCAUCUCUUCACUUGUACUUGGUGAGCAGGUUUUUGCUAGAGCUACCAUCAUCGGGCUUGAGUCUGAUCAGAUUAUUUGUACUUCCCUUGUUGAUUUCUACUGCAAGUGUGGUUUUGUUGACAAUGGGCGAAACAUAUUUGAGGGGAUGAUGAAAUCUGAUGAAAUUUCUUGGAAUUCAAUGUUGAUGGGUUAUGCUACUAAUGGUCAUGGAAGUGAAGCGCUAACUCUAUUCACUGAAAUGAGGCAAGCUGGUGUUAGACCCACUGCUAUUACAUUUACAGCAGUUCUUUCUGCCUGUGAUCAUUGUGGACUGGUCGAAGACGGAAGGAAAUGGUUUUAUACAAUGAAAUUGGACUAUGAUAUUGAUCCAAGGAUUGAACACUAUUCUUGCAUGGUUGAUCUUUUUGCCCGUGCUGGUUGCCUUGAGGAAGCAGUGAAUCUUAUAGAACAGAUGCCUUUUGAGGCUGAUGCAAGCAUGUGGUCAUCAGUGUUGAGAGGCUGUGUGGCUCAUGGAGAUAAGACUCUUGGGAAGAAGGUGGCAGAGAGAAUUAUUAUGCUUGAUCCUGAGAACUCAGGUGCUUAUGUGCAGUUAUCUAGCGUAUGUGCCAAAUCCGGAGACUGGGAAGGAUCAGCACAAAUUAGAAAUUUGAUGAGAUAUAAGCAGAUACAAAAGAAUCCUGGUUGCAGUUGGGCUAAUUGAUAAACUCAACCUCGGUUAUGGACAGCCUCUGUCUCAGCAAUGAAUAACUCUGGCUGGAGUGCUAUUGGCUUGCGAGUAUGAGAGUUUUGUUGAUAAUGGAAUGAUUAUUUUGUCAUCAAUGGUGAAGGAAUAUGGAGUUCGACCUGGGGAUGAGCAUUAUGCUUGCGUAGUGGAGUUGUUGAGUCGAGCUGGUAAGUUAAAAUAAACAAUGGACAUUGUACAUGCAAUGCCUUAUGAACCUAGUUGUUUUAUAUGGGGAUCAAUUCUUCAUGCUAGUCUGAUUCAUGGACUUGAGACUCACUGAAAGUGUUGCUGAGAGGAUGAUGGAGUUGGAACCGCAGUCAUCUCUACCUUAUUUGGUAUUGGCUCGGACAUAUGAGAUAAGGGGCAGAUGGGAGAGUCUGGUUCGGGUAAGAAAGUCCAUUAGAACAUAAAAAGGUCACUGGAUGCAGUUGGAUUUGGAUAAAAAGCCACAUGCAUAUGUUUAAGACAAACCAAUUACAGCAUCAUGGAGGGAAAGAAAUUUAUUUGGUAUUGAGAUUGUUGAUUUGUGAGAUAGAGGAUAAAGGUUAUUUCUGACAAUGGUGUGAGAAAGAGUGGUGCUGAAGGGGAGGACGAGUGAAAGGGCAGGACAACAAGAGUUCUUCAUGUUCACAUUAACUGAUACAGCUCUUGAUAUAUUUCUUUUUGAGUUUAUUUAGAAAACCAUGGCGUUGCCAUAAUUGUGUAAUGCCAGGCCUUAGAAGAUCAAUGUGCACAGGUUAUUUGUCUUACAUCCAAUAUACUAAUGAAAGGUCAGUUUU